CGCCCUGCACCGGGGCGGGGGCGGGGCGGGGAGGGGAGGGGCGGGGUCUCCGGGCGCCAAUGCGGCCGAGGGGGCGGGGCGGCCGCCGUUUCGCGCCAAGCUCGGUUCGCAGUGGCUCCCGGAGUUUUACGGCGCCGCCGUCAUGGUUCGAACUCUCAACAGCAUCGUCGCGGUGUCCCAGAACAUGGGCAUCGGCAAGAACGGGGACCUGCCCUGGCCCCCGCUCAGGAAUGAGUUCAAGUAUUUCCAAAGAAUGACCACCACGACUGCCGCAGAAGGUAAACAGAACUUGGUGAUUAUGGGUAGGAAGACCUGGUUCUCCAUUCCCGAGAAGAGUCGGCCUUUAAAGGACAGGAUUAAUUUAGUUCUCAGUAGAGAACUCAAGGAACCUCCAAAAGGAGCUCAUUUUCUCGCCAAAAGUCUGGAUGAUGCCUUAAAACUUAUUGAGGAACCAGAAUUAACAAAUAAAGUGGAUAUGGUUUGGAUAGUGGGAGGCAGUUCCGUUUAUAAGGAAGCCAUGAACAAGCCCGGCCAUCAACGACUCUUUGUGACAAGGAUCAUGCAGGAAUUUGAAAGUGAUACAUUUUUUCCAGAAAUUGAUUUGGAGAAAUACAAACUUCUCCCAGAGUACCCAGGUGUUGUUUCUGAUGUCCAGGAGGAAAAAGGCAUUAAGUACAAAUUUGAAGUAUAUGAAAAGAAUGAGUAAUGUGUUCAAGUUGUUCCCCAUCCCCUCCAAACAAUUAUAUAUUUAACAUUAGAAAAAGUUAUUUCUGUUAAUUAGAUCUGUGGAUAAUUAUUUCAAAGCAAUGUAUUUUCAUUAAUUACUUGUCAUCUGAAACACAACAUUUGUGAAAUAUCUGUUGCUGUAACUGUCUGAAUCCUCAAGAAAUUCUGAAGAUUAGGUCCCUAGCACCUGCCUAGGGUAA